UUGUCCUCGAGCAGUUUCUCUGGCCUGCCAAUAGCUACCGAAUACGACUACCACGUUGUGGCCCAUACCGGUACCGGUACCCAGGUCGGCCGACCUACCGCAAGGGAAAAGAACGAGAUACAGUAAAAUAUCCCCACCUGAAUGGUGACCCUUUCCAUGUGUGUCUAAUGGGCGCGAGGCCAUCAACGUGGUGUGAGACGAAGAGGAACCGCUGGCGAGAUGCAUCCCGGGCCACAUUCAACUGCAAUCCAUCUUUGGCCAUCGAUCUCCCGUUGGUGUCUAUCUAGCUAUAGCUACUAGCUAGCUAGGAGCAAAUGUAUAGCUACUGGCAGUAGCUAUUGCAAUAGUGGAGAUAGCUCGUGUCACGUCCACGACGAGGGUGCAGAAUCAUGAGGCGAACAGCAACGGGUAACACGGCAACUCGGAACAUCAUGGUGCGAAAGAAACUCACAGUGGGAAUGAAUCUUUGAAAUUUUGGCAAAAGAUUUGUGUCCAACGGCCACCGGACACGACGAAAGAGUUGCGUCCCAUCAACCUACUAGUCUACCAGGUGCUGAUACCCAACAACGAAAUUGGCUGUGAUCAUUAAAAAAUUUGGAACUUCGAAAACUAACCCUUUUGUUGUCAAGGGUAUCUGGCCUUGGAUAAUUAGGCCAUCGAGUUUCUAAAAGUUCAGCGGCACAUCGACCCACUUAGCUUUCCACACGGUGGUACGCGUUCCGGAUAUCUAAGUAACCUUGGGGACUCUUCAUCUUUCUACUGAGAAUCUAUCCGAUAGAAGGAGAUCAGUCUCGUGCUCGGCUCAUUCGUCAAUCGUCACCACCAUGAACGGCCAAAAAGACCAGCAGGAAGCGGCUGCUGCCGCCUCCGCGAUGCCAGAACAACUCGUGGAACUCACCAAGAAUAAGGAGCCAAGGGAAGAAGCAGAAGAACCAGAAGAAGAGGUUCGGUCCAUAAACUACCGAAUCAAACUUGCAGCAUCCCUUUGUGCGGUGAUCCUUGUCAUCGUUAUCGUCGUUGUUGUCCUCAUCAUGGGAAACCUUAUACCCGGCUUAAGAUGCACUACCGGUUUCGAUAUGCCUCCCGCCAAUCAAAUCCUGGACAAUGGUUAUGUUCGAGUGGGCGUGGACUAUAACGAAGGCGGAGCCAUUUCCUACGUGGCACCGUCCAACGACCCGCAAAACAACCUGAUCAACGUCUUUGACAAAGGCCGGCACGUCCAAAUGUCUUUUUUCGCGGGACCCCAGAUCUACAAUCCUGAUGGAAAGUGCGACAAGCUGUUCAAUGGAUAUGAGUGGUCCUGGAACCCCAUUGGUGCCGGGGAUGUCGACGGUGGAGUUUCCCAGAUUCUUAACUUUGAACGAUCCGUCGGCCAAAUGUCCAUCCUCACACGACCACUCCAGUGGGCAUGUCACGGUGUCCCUUGCGAAUGUACCUUUGACAAGCACAUUCAAGUCAUUGAUGGGAAUCCCGCCGUCAAGGUCACCGCCACACUCCGGAACGAACGAACCGACGAAUACGAUGAAAACGAAGCAAAAGGUCAGGAAUUACCGGCCGUCUACACCAACGGGGGAUUCCAUCGACUCUUUACGUACCGGGGCGCAUCUCCCUUUGCACCGGGUGAACCGGUGGAAGAGAUACACGCUACCUUUGAAAACCAAUUUUGGGUCCCGGGCUUUUUCCGGGGCACGGAAAACUGGGCCGCCAUGAUCAAUGACGAUGGUUGGGGUCUCGGUGUCAUUAGUCCAGAACAUGAUGGCUUUUUGGGAGGCUUUUCCGAUCCCGGCAAGCGUGGUUGCGGUGGACCUCGAGAUGGACAAGCAGGAUAUAUCGCCGUGGUUGAGAGCUAUGCCUUGCCGAGGGACAUUGUAUUUACCUACGAGUUUUAUCUCGUGGUGGGGACGGUCGACCAGAUUCGGUCCUAUGCUCAGCGGGUCAUGACGGGAGACGAAUCGGCAAUGGGCAACCCUCCUCCCGACGCGGAGAGCAGUCCGGAAAUUGUACCGGUCCCAGAGAUUGUAGCGGUUCCUCUGCCAUUGCCAUUGAACAGCAAUCCAUAGCUAUAGUUAAGCUUUGUAAAGAAAACAUUCAUAGAUCC